UUUAAAGCAGGUUUAAAAAUCAGAUGUCAGAAGAUCUGAUUAUGGUUUUUAAUAUUUUAAAAAUUGCAUUUAGAUAUUCAACCAAAAUAUUUAAAAAUUAUAUCGACAUUUUUAAUAUAUCGAUAUCGAUUCAACCUUACCAACUCUAGUCAAGCGUCAUUUGUGAUUUGACAGUUUUCACUUUUAACAUUGAUUUAACUUUAACAUUGAUAUGCCGUGUUUCAACCAUAGUUUCAACUUUGUGUAUAUUUGUGUUUGAAGCAAAGGUUUGAAGAAGGUUUGAAGGGAAUGGUGGGAAUGGUUUGAAGUUUGAAUUUUGAAUAUCCGUGGGUGUUUUGUGGUGUUUUGUGAUCCGUGGUUUGAAGUUUGAAUUUAAAGGAAUUUUCUGUUUUAUUUUAUGCAGAAGUUUUAUGUUUUUAUUCUACAUUCUUAACAUGGAGAACAAUGGAGAAAUAUAAUUAAUUUAUCUAUGAUUUUUAACAUAUUCUUCAGUUAUUCUGUGCAUUUUAGUCAUUUUACUAUUGGAUGUGCUAGUUGAGUUCUAAAAAAGAAAGUACGUUGUAAAAGUAAGUUGUAUAAAGUCUCUACUUUCUCUGGCCUGUGGCCUGUACUAACUGCAGAAACAAGCAAUGUUUAUGGUUUUUGCGUUUGUCUCUGUGCUACUAUGAGUAAAGGAAGGACAGUUUUCUUUGGAUUAGAAAAGUUCAAGCACAAAAGUUUCAGCAGUAAUUUGCAAUUCAGUUGUUGAAGUUGAAAAUCCUUAACGCAAGGUUUUCCUAAACAUGUCCGAUUUUAUGAGACCCAAAUGUGAUGACUCCGGCGAAUCAUCUUCAUCAACUAAAAGAAAAUUCUAUGAUCUUACCGAAGAAAAAAAAGCGAAGAGAGCUAAAAUGCAGGCUGAAAAAAUAGCGGCAAAAAAGUACGCUCAACAAAACAGACUUAAAGUCAUCAAAGUACCGCUACUAGAAACGCCCUCGAAAAGGGAAAUUUUCAUGAAUGACAGUAAAUGUAAAAUUUCUGUGUGUCUAGAUUUGAGUUGGAUAUUAUCCAUGGAUGUGAAGGAUCUGAGUAAAAUUCAAAAACUUAUUCGAUGGGUUUAUUGUUCAAAUAAUUAUGCUAAAUCGCCCUUACAAGUUUACUUAACCAAAUAUUCCGGUCCAAUUAGAGAAGAAUUGCAGAGACGCGGUACCACUCCGAGAUGGGAUUUCCAUUAUCAUGAGGAGCACUAUUUAGAUGUCUUUCCCAAAGAGAAAUUGGUAUAUUUGAGCAGCAAUAGCGAAAAUGUACUUGGUAGACUCGAGGAGGACAAAGUUUAUAUUAUUGGCGUUUUGGAAGGAAAUAGACAUUGUCUUGAUUGUUACAACAGAGCGGUAAGCGAGGGUAUAGCAACUGCACGACUACCAAUUAAUCAAUAUUUUAAAGAUAAUAAAAAUGGCAAAAGAGUUUUAAAUAUCUGGCAAGCGUACAGCAUACUUCUUCGAGUCACUCAAGGACACUCGUAUAAAGAGGCUGUAGGAAUAGUUUUUAAAUUACAACAAGAACUUUUGGAUUUGAACGAAUUUAAAGACUAUAUAGAUCCUUUUGCCCGCCUACCGAGAUAAGAUGUAUUUUUUGGAGAUUUAAAUAUUUUAUAAAAAUCUUUCGAGACAAUUCUUUUUUCUAGGUUCCUUCCGUUCGUGUUAUUUUGAAAAAAAAUAUAUUUUUUAGUUUUUAAUAUAAAUACCAUUACAAACAUUGUUACGCUACUGAUUGUACGUAAUAAGAUGUGUAAUAAAAUGUUACUGAUCAUGUUAAAUAAAGUGUAAAACGAAUUGCUUUGUUUUCUUAUUGUGCGUUCAGGUAACACAGCUGCUAAUAUGCCAUAGCUACUAAUAGUAUUAUAUCCUAUAAAAGUUUUAAUUAAACAUGUUCUGAUAUCGAUUUUUUAGGUAAUUUAUUGAUUUUUGAACUUUUUAUCAUUAUUUUUAUAUAUAGCAACUUGUGUAAUCCUAUGCAAUCUAACAGUAAUCUUGUGAAAUAAAGCAUUAGAAGCCAAUAAAAUAGUUUUAUUUAAAAGUAUAAUUAGCAUGUGAACUAACUUAAUCAUGAAAUUCAAGGAAAUGUACAAAUAUAUCAAUAAAAUUUUAACAUGAUCUUAUAAUCACAUAUUGAUGUCAGAAAUAAGUUUGAAAUAAACUAAACACAAAAAUUCAACACACAGUAAUUUUCACACAAAGAAACAUGUUAGAGUGGUGUACUUGUCGAUUACUAAAUUCUUAGUAACAAAACUUAGGAGUCUUUUUUGCUUAACUUAAAACUUCAAUCUACUUCA